AGUACACGCCUAACAGGAUUUUAUUGCCUUUUUUCAUGGUUUACAGAUGAGCGAUUAAGGCCUUUAGUAAUCUUCUCUGAAACUGCUUGACAAAGGACUUCAAUAUGUACAAUGUAUGGGUGUUUCAUUAAAAAGGUUACUGGUCUGAAACCAGUUACUCAGCUGGAAUCAAUUUUUGAAGGAAAUGGCAACAAGAAAAAAAAGUUCUACAUAACACAUACAUUUGUAGGGCCACAUAGGAAACUAAUUAAAAAUCCUCUUUUCUGGAACUACUUGUUCAACUGAAAUCAAAAUUUGGUUGAACAGUCACUAAAUGGUUUGCUUUUCAGAAUUGCAUCAGACGACCUGGUCUGACAUCCAAGAUGGGCACCACAACCAAACAUAGUUAAAUAUCAUGCAUAUGGGAUUCUAUGUGAAAUAUAGAGUAGAAAAUAUUACUGUUUAAAGUUACAUGUACAUUUGUCUUUAUGUAACUGUAAUCCAGGUGAGCGAUUACAGGGUCCAUGGAGUGUCUGGUUUCAUUUUCAUAUGUACAGUACAUAUGUAUAUAUACCUGUAUGUAAUUUGCAUAUUAAUUUCUUUAUAAAGGUUCAGCUGAGGUGCAUGCUUAUCUUAAGACAAGAGGCAUUUCCAUUAAAAGAGAAAGAUGCAGAGAGAUGCUGAGAAAUGUAGAUGCUUCUGGUACAGCCUUGAGGUGGUCAGCUACUAUACAAAGAAGGAAGUACAGUGUACCAACAGCAAAUUCUGUGUGGCAUCUAGAUACACAUCACUCCUUGAUAAGAUGGGGAAUAGUUGUCCAUGGUGGAAUCGAUGGACAUUCCAGACUGGUGUCUUUCCUUAGGGCCGCCACUUGUAACACCUCUAAGGCAGCUGCGUCGUUCUUCCUCCAGUCAGUGAAAGCGUACGGUUUUCCGAGUAGAGUCAGAGUUGACAACGGUACAGAAUAUGGGGACAUUGGUCGGUUAAUGAUAUCAGUAAAUGGCGAUGGCAGAGGGUCAUUCCUGACAGGACCAUCAGUACACAAUCAACGCAUAGAGAGACUUUGGCGGGAUGUUUUCACCAAGGUAUUAGAUACGUUUUACAAGCUGUUCCACUACAUGGAGGAAAGACAGCUGCUCAAUGUUAAUGAUAAAACACAUAGAUGGGUUUUGCAGUAUGUGUUCGUGCCGAUAAUUGACAGAGCUCUGAGACAGUGGAUGGAGACCCACAACACACACAAGAUUAGAACAGAGAACAAUAGAACACCAAAUAUGAUGUGGUUCCAGUCACUAGUCCAGGGUGAUAUCCAGCGUUACACAAGCGUUCGGAACAUUGAGCAGCCUCCAAAUGAAGCAGUUUCAGAUGCCAUUAGAGAUUUGCAAUUGAGUGAAGAUGACACCACCUACCUUGUUCCACGUGAUCCCUGCCCUUUGAGUCAGCACAACUUUCAACAGCUGCAAACAACAAUUGCCAUCAACAGAAAUUCAACGAGCCAUGGACUUGACAUAUUUGGUGAUGUGAUGCAGUUUGUUUUAGCACAUCCAACAGAACUUUGAAAUUGUUGCUUUUCUAGGACAUUUUUGUGACUUCAGUUAGUGCCUGACAUGUUCAUGUUGUAUUUGUUGUAAGAUACCAAUUCUUUAAUGUAUUAUUUAUUAUACAUGUAAAUAUUUGUAUGUGCAGUGAUGAAAAAAUAAAGAUUAUAAGGAUGAUCUUUUUUAUUAAAUUAAAAGUUUGAAAUUGAGUUGUAAGCAUAGGCAUCAUCUCUUAUUUGUAAAUUUGCAAUCAUUAUUUUAAGCAAGGUGAACACAUUUGUUUUUAAGGUUUUAAUCAAAAUAUAUGUUUUUGUAUAAAACAUAGUACAUUUUCUCUGAUAAAUCUAAUAUGCACAAGAAACAAUUUAUCUUGAAGAAUGGAAAUGCAAAUACUCGUUUGUACAUGUGUUUUCUUUUGUUUUCAAAUUCAUGCCAUUUGUUAUUAAUCAUGUCCACGUGGAAAUAUAUUUAUUUACAGUAUAUAGGUAUUGCAUAAUAUGUAUUAACAUUUAUGAAUGUUUGUCUGUGUACAUGUACAAUUUAGAAAAUUAAAUGUCAUUGAGAGCUGAAAGAAUCUUCUUGAUAUGCCACUCUAUAAGUUAAAGGUUGAUUACUUCAUACCACUGGAAGCCAUUAUACGUAAAAAUGAGACAGCUAUGGUUGCCUACUCCUAACAUACAUUUUUUUUGUCAAUAAGGGAAAAUAAUCACAUUGAUCAGUUAUACUGGAAGUCUUUCGGUAUAACAUACCUCAUAUAGGUAUUGGAAAUACACAUGUACAUGUAGCUCAUCAAUCAUAAUAAUAUGGAAGCCACAGCCAAACUUAAAUUCAUGAAAGAUCUCUAAUGAUUUCACACAAAAUCUCUGCCUGAAACUUUUUGACGAUGCAGAAUUAAAGGAUCGGUAUUGUUACUAGAUGUGUUCAAAUUCUAUUAAAGUCUUAAAAUAUGUGUAUUUCAUAUGCAAAACUGUGCCAGCUGAGACACAUACAUGUGAAAAUAAAAAAAAUAAGGGGUAAGUGUUGGCGAGACCACACUCCAUCUACAAGGAAAGCAUAUUGAAUAUAAAAAAUCUAGAGGUCUCCACAGUACUUUCAACAAGGGUGGAAUUCCACUCCUUGUGAAAAGCUCUAAAGUACCCAUACAUGUACAAUAUAUAUCUGCAUAUCUUACCUACACUAUAAAAAAUGAAGCAGUAUUAUUGCUGACCCAAUCAAACUCUUCUUGAAGAUAUACAUGUAUUUACCUGAGAGAUUUGUCAGACUCCAAUGUGAGUUGAUCUAACUAAUCAACACAAUACCAUUUGUUUACCUGUGUAAGCCACUGUAUGGAGAUUUAAACUUGUUUUCUAUUGAGAUGAGUUUUCAAUCACUAUUGAUUACAUUGCAUAGCAAAAAAAUCAUCUCUGUUUAUACUGAGGCACACAUUACAAUGAUUGGAUCAACAAUAAAUCCUUUGAAAACAUGGAUAUACCUUAACACAACUGACAUCUGAAAUGCACCGAAAAUAAAACUUCAUUUUCUAACUUUUAACUUUGUGCUUCUGACAGAAAGCUGUGUACAAAGAUGUUAGUUUCCACAACUUUACAUCAGUUGGUAAUAGUGGAAAUAUAGUACCAGAUCUCCAGUCUGCAUAUACAUGCUCAAAAGUGGCAGAUGGUCGUGCAACUUUCAUCUCAUUUUCAUGAUUCAAUGACUUAGUAUGAAACUUUGACAUUAUUUUACAUUUAUGUCCAUGUUACCAAGGUUAAUUGUUGAUACCUCAUUGUGAUGUCAUAGUGAUACUUGGAAUGUAAAUGUUCAUGUGUAUAGGUAAUUUGUCAGGAAGGAAGUCACAUCCUCAUAAAACUAUGCAUUAAAUUGUUUGUGAAAUGAAUUCAACAUUUCUUUGUGUUAAACAGAAGAAAUUAAUGGUUAGAUUGUGAACAAACUGUUAAUACUUUUGAAUACUGUGUACUGAUAAAAAAGUGGACAUUGGA